CUUUUGACGAAAGGCGCUCUGGGGAGCUCGCUCACAUGACCAGUAGCGUAAAGCGACGGCGGAUUCAGUGCGGUGCGGUCGCGGCCUAGCUGCCUUUGCCGGGUUCAGAGGCGUCGAAAGGGAAAGGCCUCGUUUCUUCGGAGAGCGCUUGCGGUGGUGAAUCUGUGGCCCUCAAUAUGUUGUUGGACUCGCCCCAGCCAGUGUGGCCAAUAGUCAGGCAUGAUGGAAGUUAUAGUCCAGUCCAUCUGAAGGGCAUCAGGAACAUCUGGAGGACCACAGGUUACUGCUAAGCAUGUCUUUUCCGCCUCACUUGAAUCGCCCUCCUAUGGGUAUCCCAACACUUCCACCUGGAAUUCCACCUCCGCAGUUCCCAGGUUUUCCUCCACCUGUACCUCCUGGAACACCAAUGAUUCCUGUGCCAAUGGGUAUUAUGGCUCCUGCACCAACUGUACUGGUCCCAACUACUGUAUCAAUGGUUGGAAAGCAUAUGGGAGUUAGAAAGGAUCAUCCAGGUCUAAAGAACAAAGAAAAUGAUGAAAAUAGUGGUCCCACUACUACUGUCUUUGUAGGCAACAUAUCUGAAAAGGCUUCAGACAUGCUUAUACGACAGCUUCUUGCCAAAUGUGGUUUGGUUUUGAGUUGGAAAAGAGUUCAAGGAGCAUCUGGAAAACUUCAAGCCUUUGGGUUUUGCGAGUAUAAAGAACCCGAAUCCACACUACGUGCACUCAGGUUACUACACGAUCUCCAAAUUGGAGAAAAGAAACUACUCGUGAAAGUUGAUGCCAAGACGAAGGCUCAGCUAGAUGAAUGGAAGGCAAAGAAAAGGGCUUCCAAUGGGAACUCCAGGCCAGAAACCACAACGGAUGAUGAUGAAGCCCUUGAUGAAGAAGCAAAGAGAAGAGACCAGCUAAUUAAAGGGGCCAUUGAAGUGUUAAUACGGGAAUAUUCCAGCGAGCUCAAUGCCCCCUCCCAAGAGUCUGACUCUCAUCCCAGGAAGAAGAAAAAAGAAAAGAAGGAGGAUAUUUUCCGCAGAUUUCCAGUGGCCCCACUGAUACCCUAUCCACUCAUCACCAAGGAGGAUAUAAACGCUAUAGAAAUGGAAGAAGAUAAAAGGGACCUGAUAUCCCGAGAGAUCAGUAAAUUCAGAGAUACACACAAGAAAUUGGAGGAGGAAAAAGGCAAGAAGGAGAAAGAGAGACAAGAAAUUGAAAAAGAACGGCGUGAAAGAGAGAGGGAACGGGAGCGUGAAAGAGAGAGAAGGGAGCGUGAAAGAGAGAGGGAGAGAGAGCGUGAACGAGAGAAGGAGAAGGAACGGGAGCGUGAACGAGAACGUGAUAGAGAUCGGGACCGUACUAAAGACAGAGACCGGGACAGGGAAAGAGAUCGGGACAGAGACCGUGAAAGAAGCUCAGACCGCAAUAAAGAUCGGAGCAGAUCUAGAGAGAAAAGCAGAGACAGAGAGAGGGAGCGAGAGAGAGAACGGGAACGAGAGAGGGAGCGGGAAAGGGAGCGGGAAAGGGAAAGAGAACGGGAGCGGGAGCGAGAAAAAGACAAAAAAAGAGAUAGAGAAGAGGAUGAAGAAGAUGCCUAUGAGCGGCGCAAACUGGAAAGGAAACUACGUGAAAAGGAAGCAGCUUAUCAAGAGCGUCUUAAAAACUGGGAGAUCAGAGAACGGAAAAAAGCAAGAGAAUAUGAAAAAGAAGCUGAGAGGGAAGAAGAAAGACGAAGGGAAAUGGGAAUCCAAGACAGCUGGUAUAGCACAGUGGGGAGGAGAGCCUGGCUGGGAGUCCAGAGUCUGAGUUCAAAUCCCUGCUUGUAUCUCCUGGGUGAAAAGGGCCAACUAAAGAUCACCCCCACAGCAAAAGAAGCUAAACGUCUAAAAGAAUUUCUAGAAGAUUAUGAUGAUGACAGAGAUGAUCCAAAAUAUUACAGGGGAAGCGCUCUACAGAAGCGAUUGCGAGACAGGGAGAAGGAAAUGGAAGCAGAUGAACGGGAUAGGAAGAGGGAAAAGGAAGAACUGGAAGAAAUCAGGCAACGCCUUCUUGCGGAAGGACACCCAGAUCCAGAUGCAGAGCUACAGAGGAUGGAACAAGAGGCUGAAAGGCGUCGACAGCCACAAACCAAACAGGAGCCAGAAUCUGAGGAAGAGGAGGAAGAAAAGCAAGAAAAAGAAGAGAAGAGGGAAGAGCCUGAAGAAGAGGAAGAAGAGCCAGAACAGAAGCCCUGCCUUAAACCAACCCUGCGACCCAUCAGCUCUGCCCCAUCUGUCUCAUCAGCAAGUGGCAAUGCAACUCCCAACACUCCUGGGGAUGAAUCUCCCUGUGGUAUUAUUAUCCCACAUGAAAACUCACCUGAUCAGCAGCAGCCAGAGGAGUACAGGCCUAAAAUAGGUCUUAGCCUCAAACUGGGUGCCUGCAAUAGUCCUAAUCAGCCCAAUGCUGUGAAAAGAAAGAAACUCACUGUGGACAGUGUUUUCAAUAAAUUUGAAGAUGAAGACAGUGAUGACAUGCCCCGAAAAAGGAAACUGGUACCGCUGGAUUAUGGUGAUGAAGACAAAGGCUCCUCCAAAGGCAACGUUAAUACUGAAGAGAAGCGCAAACACAUUAAGAGUCUAAUUGAGAAAAUCCCCACAGCCAAACCAGAGCUCUUUGCUUAUCCUCUUGACUGGUCUAUUGUGGAUUCAACAUUAAUGGAACGUCGAAUUAGACCAUGGAUCAACAAGAAAAUAAUAGAAUAUAUUGGUGAAGAAGAAGCAACAUUAGUUGACUUUGUUUGCUCAAAGGUUAUGGCUCAUAGUUCACCACAGAGCAUCUUGGAUGAUGUUGCUAUGGUGCUAGAUGAAGAAGCUGAAGUUUUUAUAGUCAAAAUGUGGAGGUUACUAAUAUAUGAAACGGAAGCCAAAAAGAUUGGUCUGGUGAAAUAAAGAAUCCCGUUUGUUUUUUGAGCUCCAUUUAAGUUUUUGUUCAGCAUCACUGAAGAACUUUGAAGUUUCUUGUCUUCAAGAGACAUUUGUGAGACCUGUAUUUUUUAAAUGUAGAAAAUGUGAAUUUUUUUUUCAUUCUCUGUUACGCUGAGGUUCCCCCCACCCAAACAAAAGCUUCCUUGGUUGUAAUUAUCUGAAUCCUGCAUUGGUGGUUUUUCAUUCACCAGGUACAGUUACAGGUAUUGUUUUAUAAACUACUGCAGCUGCUGUACACAGUCUGAUUUUCAUCUUCUAAACUGUUCCUUGUAAAUAUUAAAAAGACACAUGUUUUCAAAACAUCUGUGCUUACCACAAACUAAAAUAAUUGAAUUUAUGUAAAUACAUCAACCCUCUUCUUUCCCUUCUCCAUUUUAAAAUAUUAGAAUAAACUUUACAAUUCUAAACAUGAAUGGGAGUCAUUUUGUUGGCACAGUUUUCAUCUGCAUGGAUAGGGGAUCAUUCCCUUGUUGGACUUUGUAAUUUUCUAGAGAAACUUGUAGAAAACAUGGUGGACUUGCUUCAACUCAGGCAUCCCUGUAAAACCAUUGAUAAAUUCCCUCCUGCUCGUUACAUGAGGCCUUUUAUUCAGUUAAGCUGAUGGUGGAAUUUCACACACACUUAGUUGGGGUUUGUUAAUCAGGAUAACUAGUGCACAAAUUUAUUUAAGCCCUGCUACUAAUACAAGUGUGACACCUUAAAUAUUCUUUUAAUUAUUUAAAAGAAAAUUCAUAUACCAAUUUGGGACGCUUAUGGAAAGAAAAGGUUUCAAGAUGUAACUUGAGCACAACAGUUUACAAUGUUAAAAUCAUACAUUUUCAGACAAUGGCAAAAUCUGUUUUUAUGUAAGUCAUCAAGUCAAUUGUGACUUUCAUUUUUUUGUACUGUAAGCUGUCUGUUGGAUAGAUAGAGGAUAAUAUUUCUUGUCCUCUUACUCUGUAUGAGUUUUCUACGUAUGCUGAUGUGGUAUGAAUAACCAUGUACUGUAAACUGCAUUUUUAAAAUCUACACAAGUAAAAAGACUGUAUACUAUGGGCCUUCUCCACUGAAGGAUGAACACUUUCCAGGAAACAAUUCUCACAUUUUUUAAUACUGCUCUUCUGAUAUCUCUUUACCUGAAGGAUACAGGUUGACCUAUUUAGAAAGAAGGUGUAACUGACUCUGAGUUACUGAGUUCUUGCAUUAUAAGAAGACAUAUGAAAAACUGUUCUUAACAAAUAGGAUUCCACCAUGUAAAUAUUUCAGAUAUUAAAAAUGUAUAUAUUUGA